AUGUUAGCCGUUUUUAGCAGUGAAAUUGUAACGCCACCGGGCCGGAGUCCGUCACCCAGAACCACCGCCGUGACGUUGAUGAAACGUUACGUCAACUUGAACCCCUCUUGGGUUUCCAGACAAAUCGGCGAUCAAGUUAACUUGGCUUACUCGCGCGGAAACGAAUCUCUUCUCCGACCAAGAUCAUUUGGGGUGAAAGAUGAUAUAUUCUGCUUGUUUCAGGGCAUGCUUGAUAACUUAGGUAGCCUGAGACAAGAAUAUGAACUAGCCAAGUCUGCCGAUAAGGUGAUGCUGGUGAUAGAAGCUUACAAGGCGUUGCGUGACCGAGCUCCUUACCCUCCUAGCCAUGUCGUUGGUCAUCUCGCCGGGAACUUUGCAUUUGUGGUAUUCGACAAGUCCACGUCCACACUUUUCGUUGCUUCUGAUCAGUCUGGUAAGGUACCUCUUUACUGGGGGAUUACAGCCAAUGGAUUCGUGGCAUUCUCUGAUGAUGCAGAGAUGCUUAAAACUGCUUGUGGCAAGUCAAUUGCUUCCUUCCCUGCAGGAUGCUUCUUUUCGACGGCAGUAGGCGGGUUAUUAAGCUAUGAGAAUCCCAGAAACAAGAUCGUUGCUCUUCCUGCACCAGAAGAAGAGAUUUGGGGUGCAACCUAAAAGAUU